AAAAAAAACACCAUUAAUACGCGGGACUUUUAAAAUUCAAACUUGCGCGCGCUAUCUAGCGGCAAAAUUCAAAAAUCAUACUAUUGGUUAUUGGCUCAUGACGUCAGAAACUCACACGAAUUUACAAACUCAGUGUGCGAGAUUGUGUAAACAAGACUGGGGCACACACACACACCCACAUAUAUAUAAUAUACAUAUAUAUACAUAUGACAGCACAGAAUGAAGGAAGGAAUAGAAGUAGGGCUGUGCUGGUUCUAUUAUAAUCUGCUGCUAGCACUCAGCUACUAGACUUAACUCAUAUUUAUCCGCGCAUUUAUAAAUCGAUUAUUAUUAUAUAUUUUAAGCCACUUAUUAUUGUUACACUGUGAUCUAAAUUUACCCAUAAUGAUUAAUUAAUUAAUAAAUAUUACAGAUAAUAAAAAUAAUUAUCUGAAAUAAUUGAGUGAAUUUCAUCAAUAACAUCAAUGGAGCAGUCGAGAUGUUAAUGCGUUUCUGAACUCACUAAAUAAAACCGAUUGAUAUGUGAAUGGCCAGUGAGAAGUGAUUGUUAAUGUGCUGCACAAAUUAUUUUUUAUCUCAUGUUUCUCCAUGUAAAAUAAAUCAACAGCAAGUAGUGCUGCUGUCAAUGAUGACAGAACUCUGCUGGAAAUGAAGCAACUCGAUGUCAGGGUGUUAUUAUUUAAAUAAAAGUUUAUGACUAUCAUGAGAUAACGACGUGAGAAUGAGAUUUAAAGGAUGUAACCUAUUUGGUUAUACUAUAUUCAUAAUUUUACAUCUUUACGAUGAAGUCGAAGGAGGAGGAGGAGUAUGCAAAGAUCUGCAGGGUCAGACUUAUGACAGUGGAUUUUAUUACAUUCCAGAGCCUUGUACACUUUGUGUAUGCGAUAAUGGGAAUCCCAAGUGGUGCAAAGCUGUCAUUUGUCGGCUGUCGCAGAAAUCGAUACCUAAGCAGGACUGCAAGUCAUUCAGAAUUGGAACACCUUGCUGCGAGUUUAUCUGCUUGGAUGACACUCUGUCGUCAGUGACGAAUGACAAGACAGAUGGAAUAGAGGGUAAUAAUGGUGACUCGAGUGCCAGUUAUGAUCUAGGUUUGAGGCUGGUUGCUAGCUGCAUCACGGCUAUUCUCUCCCUGAGUCUCCUCUUUUUUCUUAUCCAUCGAUUGCGACAGAGAAAAAUACGAGUUUGCAUAGCAGGCAGACAGAACCGAGAGCUAACGGAAGAGCAGCGUAGUCUUGGAAGUAUGGGUUACCUCGAACGUGGAGGGCUGCCACAUGGAAUGCAAAUGGAUGAAAUGGCUUGUGGAGGUGGUUACUCACUCUGGAAACCCCCGGGUAAUUAUUUUCCACGUGGAGAAGCUCCGCCGCCUUACGAAGAAGCUGUGGCAGCCGCACGGGCCGAGCAGGCUCUGCUGACAAUGAACCCAAACGCUUUGUCAUCUCUGAAUCUUCCAACUUCGUACCUCACAACUCAGCACCACUCAAUGUCUGCGGCCAUUCCGACGCAGAAUAAUUUACCAGCAAGUGCACCAGCUCCCGUGGCAUACAACGCAACAAGUCCAUCGUCUUCUGUUAAUGCCAGACAAAUGAACCCCAGCCAGCACCCGUGUCACCAGCAAUUACUUCCGCCCACAGAUGAAAAUAUAUCUGCUGGCUACUACAGCGGUUCCGCGGUUACAAAUUUUAGUGUUGAGACAAAUAUUUAUGAAAAUACUGUCCCGGUACCGGUGCCAGUGUCCAUGACAAAUCAGCAACGUUCUCCAGAACAUUCCAGUGUUACUCACAGUACACACAAUACUCAUACUCAUAGUACUCAUGAGCCGACGCCCUUACAAAGCUACCGCGAGUCUCUGCGUCAUUCAGCGCUACCUCGACAAGGUAGUGCGUUUACCAUUUCAGCGACAGUGCCAAAUCCAAAUACUAUAUCAACACAUCGUACUAUUCCGCGUACCUUAACUACAAGUAAUGCUAAAUUAAGACGUGAUUUUGUUAACCAUCAGCAGCCGACAGUCUUGCCGAUAAAUACCAGCACGAAGGAUGCUAAAUCUACGGAACACAUUCCUAGACCUACAACAUCUUCGCUAAAUACUGCAAAUGUUAACACUAAUGUCAAUGUCAAUGCAAGUGCUAGUGCUAGUGCUAGUACUAAUAAUUGCACUAGUGCUAGCACUAGCAGCAGUAGUAAUGACAACAAUUUGUUGUUAAUAAACAAUGGACAUGUAGAAACACGUGGUGAUAACCAGCAACGACUUGCUGCUGAACCCUCUUCGGAGGCUAAAAAUAAUUUUACUACGCCUGCUCGUGAUAAGGCGCCAUCAUUAAUGUUUAGCAAUAGCGCUGAACAAGACGGUAGUUUUGAUUCGGUAACGUGUACAUGUAGCUCCCAAGUCCUUCCAACGUUGCACGACGACACUGACGACUAUCGCAGUGAGUGCGAAAAUUGUAAAAGUGCAACUGGUUCGCGCUAUUAUCUAGACAAUGAGGAUGAACUAGUGACAUCGCCACAUGAAACGAUGACACUUCACAGAAGACCUGAAGAAACUGCCGCAAGUAUUACACCUCAGUAUUACAGGACUUCAUUGACACUGCCAACGAGUACUCGCCAGCGUACUAGGAGCACUGGCGGCCGAGGUAAUUGGUUUAGUUCUAUGCCAGAAAGUUCAACAGAAUCUUCCGAUAAUGAUUAAAAGUUAACUGAAAAAAGUCUUAAUUAUAUAACUUUUUUUUGUCUCCAAUUUACUGUGCGAUGUUUUUGUCAACCUGAUUAUUAUUCUGUAAGUAUUAACGAGAUAUACAUACAUAUAAUUAAUAAUUAAUAAUUACAAAUUAAAAUUGACAUUUCAUGACUGCUAAAUUGACGGAUUUAAAUGACAAAUAUUAAUAUUAGAGGACUUAAGAUUUUUUUUUUCUUAAAAAUAUCAGACAUUGGGUAAUAGUCUGGAAUCACGACUGGUCAUAUGAUGUCAGUCUUCUUUUUACCUGCAUUGAAAUUAAUUCCAAUACUCCUUAGUCAGUUGAAAUGAACCGAUUUCAGUCAAAAAUCGGGUUUGAAAUCAUGCUAAAAAAUUUGCGGAGUGAAAUUUACUUCAAGAGGAGUUUAUUUUAUUAUUAAAACUCCGAAUCGGAGUAAAUGCGAAUUUGAAUAAAACCAAAUACCAAACUCCAGUCCGUAUGCGUACUGAUUUUAUUCUUAAACUCUGUACUCCGGUGACGGAGUGAAUUUGAAUUUAAAUAAAAUCCGUAAUCACUCCGAAUCCACUCCCGAUCAGAGUGUAAUUUUCUUUCAGCCAUAAGUUUACCAGCAUUGAUAACACAGUCUCUAAUUUCGUCUGUCCCGAGACAUUUAAAUUCAAAAAUUAAAUGUAAGUAUUAAAAGAAAAAUACUGAGGAUCUUACCCUCGUUUUAUGAGUCAAAUUUUUCCAUAGUAAAGCUUCCGUAUAAAAAUUAUCUAUAUUUUUAAUAUUACAAUAAAUAUGACCAGUCGUGAUUACAGACGAUUACUUAAAAUUUAAGUAAAAAAUGAAUUACCGAGUGGGUAAUUGGAAUAAUUGUAUUUAUGAUUGAGACUUUGUUAAAAGUAAAUAAUAAUAAUAAUAAUAAUAAUCAAACUCGGUAUUAAAUUUUGCGCACAAAAAGUCGAUGAAUAUGAAUAUAGAUAUUUAAUUAUAACAAUAUAAUAAUUAUAAUAAUAAUAAUAAUAUAAUAAUCACGGACAUGAAUUAUUAUUAUUAAAAAUAAAUAAAUGGAUAAUAAUAAUUUAAUUAUUAUUAUUAUAACGUUCGAAACAAUAAACUCGUCUGAUAAAAUAAAAUCACCAUCAAACGGAAUAUCAUAGAUCUUACUUAUGGAUAAUUAUUAAUUAUUAAUAAUCUUUAAUAAUUAGAUAUAUUAUUAUUAUAAUUACAUAUAGAAUUUUAUUUAUUAAUUUUUUGACAAUUAUUUGCUCGA